AGACUGGCACUUUUUGAUACCCACCCCCACCCCACACUCUCAAGUCUCAACUCUCCUUUUCCUUAAGAGGUGACGCCUCUCUAGUCUAGUCUCUACUACACAUAAGAAAAGAUUGUACAUCGAACUAUGGUAAACUCUCUUAAUUAUUGGGGAAGACAACAGAAUGGGGAAAGCUACUCUUUCUCUCUCUCCUGCGUCGUACACAGCAAAUCUGUCCCAUUGCAAUUUGGGAAAUGAAGUGAAAGAAAGUGCACACACAAACAGAAACAAAAAACCCAUAGGUGUGAGGUGUAAGAUGCCAAGGCCAGGCCCUAGACCUUACGAGUGCGUUAGGAGAGCUUGGCACAGCGAUAGACACCAUCCCAUGAGAGGUUCCAUUGUUCAACAGAUUUUCAGGGUCGCCAAUGAGUCUCACAGCGAUGUAACCAAAAAGAACAAAGAGUGGCAAGAGAAGCUCCCUAUCGUUGUUCUGAAAGCAGAAGAAAUCAUGUACUCCAAAGCAAAUUCUGAGGUUGAGUAUAUGAGUCCUGAAACACUAUGGGACAGAGUAAAUGAUGCCAUUAACACAAUCAUUCGGAGAGAUGAGAGCACUGAAACCGGAGAGCUUUUGCCGCCUUGCAUUGAAGCUGCCCUUAAUCUGGGCUGUGUUCCGGUGAGGGCUUCGAGAAGCCAAAGGCACACUAAUCCUAGGAGUUACCUUACGCCGAGAACCCAUGAACCCCCUUCUGCACCUGCUAGAACUACUUAUGAACAUCGGCCUCAGUUGUCGCCAGUUCACUCCGGAAACCCGUUAAACCUUUCAAGAGCCACUUCCAUAAAUUCUGCUCGUUUUGUUUCGGAAUCUAACUGCCAUGUCAACCCAAAUGCUAACCUCACCGCCCCUCGGACUUACCCUUUCUCACUAGAGAGCGUUCCUGCUGGUCGUAACCAGUUGAUGACCAUGGAAAGUAACACCCCAUUGAACUUGGGUACAGUGUAUCCAUUGUAUUAUGGAACUCACUAUCAAACUGGAGAGUCUCAAUUAGGCUCCCGGGUCCCAGAAGAGCCACAUUCCGAUACUAUAUAUGUUGGCACACCAAUCAGAACAUCAACUUCAGAGCCUGCCGAAAUUGGUGUCUUGCAGAACCUUUUCGCCUGUAAGAACUCUGAAAAUACUUCAAGAGGCUUUGCGCAAGACACCCAGGAGAAGCCACGGGAGAGAGAAUGUGAUUUAUCUUUGAGGUUGGGUCUAUCUUCUCACUCGUGUAUGAACAUUGACAAAAGUUUAGCUUGUGAAACUGAAGAUGUUGGUUCAACUGGUUCUCAAGAUGGGGGGAAGGUUGGUGAUUUGUCUCCACAGACAAAGGAGUUCUGUUUUUUCCCGAGGCAGGCUGCUAAUGAUCCCUUUGAGUCUAGUUCAAGAGAGUGGAAUUCAAAGGGUGAAGGUCAGAAUUCGGAGGCAACAAUGAGGAAGCGUAAGGCGCCCGAUGAUGGGCAAUUUUGCUGGCAAAUGGAGCUUCCAUCUGACUGGUUUACCGGUCAUAGUGAAGGGCGAGACAACAUCAGCAUUGUUGACAAAAUAUAUGAAAGAUAUGAUGCGACAAAAUGAUGGAGGGGAAUCUAAGCUUGACAUAAUAAAAACUGCACUCCACUUUAUCUAUUGCUUUAGCUCAAAUGACAUGUUCUUUUUGAAAUAAUGGGAUGAAAGUUGAGGUUGUAGAUUCAUGGCCUGGCAUAGGUUGCAUGUAACUUACCAAUGGCAAAAAGAGAGACUGCACUAAACUCAAAUGAUGGAACUUAUAUUCAUGGUAUCUCAAAAUGGAUGGCUUAUUUCUCUUGUAGAAAUUUCCUUUGCCCAGAUCCUGUAUACAUUACCUUCCUUAAAAUUCAAUUGAAGGAAUGAAACAAAUUUUGUAACAAGUUUAUUGUGUCCGUUAAUUCAGAUAUUAUCUCAUGAAUAUUUGGAAGGAUUUUGUAGGUAAAUAUAUUGUGUGGUAGUUAAAAACUUUAAAUUCUUCUGUUGUGCUGGUGAGACGCUGCCAAGCAUCAGAUAUAUAUGAAUUACUU